GCCCUCAAAGCCACUGCACUUGCUCCCGGGUCACAGGAAGGCGACCUAGGGGGAGGGGCAAGGAGAAGGGGGUCCGAGGCCCUCGGCCCCUAACCUCGUCCCUUUCCGAAGCCUCGGGUGCCCAAAUGCGCGGGCCGCGAGUCCAAGCCCGACGGGCCCCUCCCACUGAGUCGGCUCCGGUCUCCCCGCCCCUGAGCCGCGAGGGCUGGAAGGAGCCGGCUGCGGAGCGCCGAGUGGGCGCUGGGGUCGCCUGUGGCAGCCGCUCUUCCGCCCGGCAGUACGCACCGGUCAGGUCCGGCACGGGCUGCGCCCUCCAGCCGUGUGUUAUGGCCCCAGCCCCGAGAUGAGGAGGGAGAGAGCAAGGGGCCCCCGGGCCUGGGAAUUUCCGUCCCCCGCCAAGUCCGGAUGCCCGCUCCAAAGUCUCAGCAGGAGCCCGUGGACAAGGCCCGCUGCCUGAUCCUGAACUAGGAGCACCUCCUAGGGACUUCCCAGGCCCAAUCUGGUCCAACCCUUCUGCUGGCCAGUCUGGGCACCCGCAGGCCCCUGAGGGAGGGAGCUGUCAGCCAGACAAAACCGAGAACACCAUCGCCAUGACAACCAGUCACCAGCCUCAGGACAGAUACAAAGGUGUCUGGCUUAUCUUCUUCAUGCUUGGUCUGGGAACGCUGCUCCCGUGGAAUUUUUUCAUGACAGCCACUCAGUAUUUCACAAGCCGCCUGGACAUGCCCCAGAAUGUGUCCUUGGUCACUGCUGAACUCAGCAAGGACGCCCAGGCCUCAGCCGCCCCCACAGCACCCUUGACUGAGCGGAACUCUCUCAGUGCCAUCUUCAACAAUGUCAUGACCCUGUGUGCCAUGCUGCCUCUGCUUCUCUUCACCUGCCUCAACUCCUUCCUGCACCAGAGGAUCCCCCAGUCUGUACGGAUCCUGGGCAGCCUGGUGGCCAUCCUGCUGGUGUUCCUGAUCACUGCCAUCCUGGUGAAGGUGCAGCUGGAUCCUCUGCCCUUCUUUGUCAUCACCAUGAUCAAGAUCAUGCUCAUUAAUUCAUUUGGUGCCAUCCUGCAGGGCAGCCUGUUCGGUCUGGCUGGCCUCCUGCCUGCCAGCUACACAGCCCCCAUCAUGAGUGGCCAGGGCCUAGCAGGCUUCUUCGCUUCCGUGGCCAUGAUCUGCGCUAUUGCCAGUGGCUCGGAGCUAUCAGAAAGUGCCUUCGGUUACUUUAUCACAGCCUGCGCGGUCAUCAUUUUGAACAUCAUCUGUUACCUGGGCCUGCCCCGCCUGGAAUUCUACCGCUACUACCAGCAGCUCAAGCUCGAAGGGCCCGGGGAGCAGGAGACCAAGUUGGACCUCAUUAGCAAAGGAGAGGAGCCAAGAGCAGGCAAAGAGGAGUCUGGAGUUUCAGUCUCCCACUCUCAGGCCACCAACGAAAGCCACUCUAUCAAAGCCAUCCUGAAAAAUAUCUCAGUCCUGGCUUUCUCUGUCUGCUUCAUCUUCACUAUCACCAUUGGGAUGUUUCCAGCCGUGGCUGUUGAGGUCAAGUCCAGCAUUGCAGGCACCAGCGCCUGGGAACAUUACUUCAUUCCUGUGUCCUGUUUCUUGACUUUCAAUAUAUUUGACUGGUUGGGCCGGAGUCUCACAGCUGUAUUCAUGUGGCCUGGGAAGGACAGCCGCUGGCUGCCAAGCCUGGUGCUGGCCCGGCUGGUGUUUGUGCCGCUGCUGCUGCUGUGUAACAUCAAGCCCCGCCGCUACCUGACUGUGGUCUUCGAGCACGACGCCUGGUUCAUCUCCUUCAUGGCUGCCUUUGCCUUCUCCAACGGCUACCUCGCCAGCCUCUGCAUGUGCUUUGGGCCCAAGAAAGUAAAGCCAGCUGAGGCGGAGACUGCAGGAGCCAUCAUGGCCUUCUUCCUGUGUCUGGGCCUGGCCCUGGGGGCUGUCUUCUCCUUCCUGUUCCGGGCGAUUGUGUGACCAAGGAUGGACAGAAGGACUGCUUGCCUCUCUGACUCCUGCCCCUUCCUUCUGCCAGGGGUGGGCCCGAGUGGUUUGGAGGUUUUUUUCUUCUAGUUGACUUCUGCUUUCCACGGCUUGUGCUGGGCCCAGAUGUCCAGGCCCUGGGGACAGUGGGACGGACAGUAGGGACAUUGUGGACUUGGGGCUCAGAGUCAAGGGAUGGGGUGCAGCCUCGGCAUCUGCUUGAGUUUCUCCACACUUAGCUCUGACUGAUCCUUGUGCAGGCCAGCAGAGGCUCUUGCGCUCGGAGAACACGUGUGUGUGUGUCUGUGUCUGUGUGUGUGUCUGUGUCUGUGUCUGUCAGACUGUCUGUCUGUCCCAGGGGUGGCUAGAAGCUGGGUCUGGCCGCUGUAUGGUCCGAUCUGAGAUGCCCCCUCCCUCCUUUCUGCCCCAUGUUCUCUCCAUGCCCCCUCCCAGCUCCCCAUGCCCAGUUCCUACCCAUCAUGCACCCUGUACAGUUGCCAUGUUACUGCCUUUUUAAAAUAUUUGACAGAUACCAGGUGCCAUCAGAGGCUCUCUGAUAAAGUAAACCUUUUUUGUUUUUUUCU